AUGGUAACUUUUUCUGUCACCGUGAGAUGCAGCCGGAGUUCAGCAGCAGAGCCUGCAUGUGAGGAUAAACGUGUUUAAGUGGACUCUGUUUAAACUUUCGGGAUGUUUCACCUCAGACUCAUCUCCUGUUAGCCAAGAAUGCUAAAGGAAGUUAGCUUGUUAGCAGGAAGUAGCCGGAGCCGGAGCUCGGCCUCACAGUGUGUAUUUUAUCAGAGUGAGCUGCGUGUCUGUAACGGAGUGUGUCUGGAGGAAAAGCUGCUGUAAACAUGUCUAAAGUCCAAACGCUGAGAGCUUUUGUCCAGCAGCGACUAAGUGCGGCUGCUGAAGAGAUAUUUGAGCUGUUUGAAAGAACGAUAGCAGAGUACGAGGAGGAACUUUGUGGACAACGCAAACUACUGGACGCUGUUUUCAAGCCUGAAGUCCGGUUACACAGAGCAGAUGUCCAACUGGUGUUGGUGAGUCAAGAAGAGGUUCCCCCUGAGCAGCAGGACUGGAGCCCCAGUCUGGACCAGGAGGACCUACCAAAGCCCCCACAUAUUAAAGAGGAGUGGAGCCCCAGUCUGGACCAGGAGGACCCACCAGAACCCUCACACAUUAAAGAGGAACAGGAGGAACUCUGGACCAGUCAGGAGGGAGAGCAGCUUCGAGGGCUGGAGGAGGCUGAUCUCACCAAGUUCACAUUCACUCCUGUCCCUGUGAAGAGUAAAGAAGAUGAAGAGAAACCUCAGUCCUCACAGCUUCAUCAAAGACUAACUGAACAGAUGGAAACAGAAGCUGAUGGAGAGGACUGUGGAGGACCAGAACCAGCCAGGAACUCUGAUCCAGAUAGACAUUUACAACCAGAUCCUGAUGACAAGACGUCAGACUCCUCUGAACCUGAGACUGAUGACAGUUGUGAUUGGGAGGAGACCAGGGAACCUCAGUCAGGUGCAACCCCCCUGCAAAAUAACAGUGGAUGUAACAGUGGUGGGAAAUCAUUUAGCUGCUCAGAGUGUGGUAGACGCUUCAGCCAAAAUGCAAGUUUGAAGAGACACAUGAGAAUCCACACAGGAGAGAAACCCUACAGUUGUUCUGUCUGUGUCAUGGGAUUCGCACGAAAGGGAUAUCUCCAAGAACACAUGAAAGUCCAUACAGGUGAGAAACCUUUCAGUUGUUCCAUCUGUGGUAAAGGAUUUGCACAAAAGACACAGCUUACUCGGCACACUAUUGUCCAUACAGGGAAGAGACCCUUCAGCUGUUCUGUUUGUGGUAAAAGUUUCGCACUAAGCUCAGGUUUGACCACACACUUAAGAGUUCAUACAGGUGAAAAACCUUUCUCAUGCUCAAUUUGUAAAGCAAGAUUCAGGAGCAGUAGCAAUUUGUCCGCACAUGCAAGAGUCCACACAAGGAAGAAGCAAUUAAGCUGUUCAGUUUGUGGUAAAGUCUUUCCACGAAAGGUUAAUCUGACAAACCACAUGGCACUCCACACAGGGAAGAAACGAUACAGCUGUAGAGUAUGUGGCAGAGGAUUCACUUGGCUUUAUCAACUCCAACACCAUCGGAGUGGAGGUCAUCAGUGCACACAGCUUCAUCAAAGACAAACUGAAGAGAACCGAGAUGCAGAGCAUUUCAAAAUGGAAACUGAAGGAGAGGACUGUGGAGGACCAGAGAUGGCCAGGAACUCUGAUCCAGAUUUCCUUUUACAACCACAUACUGAUGGCAAGACUGAAGACUCUUCUCAACCUGUGACUGGUGACAGGGAGCAUCAGUCAGGUUCAAACCCUAUGAAAAACAAUGAGGCCCCUGUUAGACUUAUUUUGGAAGGAAAACGUUUCAGCUGCUCCGUUUGUAAAAAAACGUUUAAACAGAGACGAGAUUGUGUGAAACACUUGAGAAUUCACACAGGGGAGAAGCCCUACAGUUGCUCUGCCUGUGGUAAAAGAUUUACACAAAGCUCAAGUUUGAAAACACACUUGAGAAUUCAUACAGGAGAAAAACCUUUCACAUGCUCAAUUUGUCAAAAAACUUUCCCACGGAGAGAUACUGUUGUGAGGCACAUGAGAGUCCACAAAAGGGAGAAAUGCUUCAGUUGUUCAGUUUGUGGUAAAGCAUUUCCUAAAAGCAGAAGUUUGACCCAACACUUGAAAGUUCAUACAGGAGAAAAACCUUUCAGCUGUUCAGUUAGUAAAAAAGGUUCUCAAGGGAGAAGAGAUGUUGUGAAGCACAUGACAAUCCACACACUGUCUGUGGUAAAAGAUUUACAAAAAGCUCAGCUCUGACCACACACUCAAGAAUUCAUACAGGAGAAAAACCUUUCACAUGUUGAGUUUGUAACAUUUCAGUCAAAGAAGCAAUUUGUCCACACACAUGAGAUUGCAUACUGCUGGAGAAGUUAGUGUUUGUGAGAAAAACAUGUGCUGGUCCACGUGUCCUGGUAAGAAUCUCCCUCUUUCCUUGAGAUCCAUGUCACCUUUUCGCAUAUUUAGGUUAUCUAUAUUUCAAUAUCUUAACAAUGUGUGUGCAUAUUACUAAUGCUGGACUCAACAGUAUUACUUGUAAUUGCAAUUUUCUUCAUGUAAUCGUCUAAUUGAUUUCUUGUUUGAUACUUUUUCUCAUUGAAUCACAAAUGUAUUAUGGGUCCUGAUUGUGUGAGUAAAUUAGAUGUACUUAUUGUGCUAGCUAUAACAUGUCUGAACCAUGAUGUGUCUUCGCUCUGGGGUGAGGGUGUAAGCUGCCUACUAACUCAGUCAGGGUGUCCGCGGGGUCUUAAAAAGUCUUAAAAGGUAAUAAAUAAAUAUAGCAACAAUCGCCAUUUAACAAGGUAUUACAUUUUGCAGAUAUUUUUGUCAGUGUAAGUCCAAAGAGUUUGUUUGCUAAAAGUGUAGGUGAACGUAUUUAUAUAUAAUGCAUAGCCAAAAAUACUAGACAGGCAGUGCAUAGCCACUGUGUGAUCGUUUCUGUAACGUUAGGCGCAGGGAUCUACGGUGCCCCUAUUUCAGUCUUGCCCCAAAAAAUAGAUCCAUGCGAAGAGAAAAAUGAUUUACGAGUACAACCGACCGUAAUCUCCCACCCUGCCGGACCCUCAAUGCUAAUCGUCCAAAUGUGGCCACUUGAACAGCCCCGUUCCUCAAAAACAAGGGCGAGAUGAGCCACCAGCAGCUGAAUUGGUAAGAUAGAAGACAACAAGGAAAAUUCAAGGUGCAUGUGGGUUUGGUUAACGUUAGCUGGCUAUAAAUCGGUGCCUUUUAUUGAAAUACGUUCAACUUGUCAUAAAGCCAAUGCUAUUGUCAGUGUCACUUUUUGUGAACAGAUCAAUCACAGCCUGAAUGAAGUUUGAUGUGUUGCAACAAAUAAAUGUUGAACUCAUUG